CCGCGCGGGGGUCCCAGACACCGCCUCGCCGCGACCCGGGGCCCUGAGGGGCUGCGCCCCCCUCCCGCGCCUUCCUUGACAGUCCUCGCGGGAGGCGGCCGCCGGCUACCCACCCAGAAGGAGGCCGUCCAUGUCAAAGAGCAGGAUGAGCCUGGCGCUACCCAGUUUCUCUCUGCUGAGAGGUAGUCACCGUCUCUGUACCUGCACAUGGUGGUCUCAGUGACGGAACGUCUCCUGCAGGAUGACCGCUCAAGUGAAGAUGAGGACCCUUCUGCUCGUGAUCCUGUUCCUGUGUGGGGCCCGGAGCCAUGCGAAGUCAAGGCCCAACUUCGUCCUGUUCAUGGCGGACGACCUUGGCAUUGGGGAUCCUGGUUGCUAUGGAAACAAGACCCUCAGGACUCCCAGCAUUGACCGGUUGGCCAACGAGGGGGUGAAACUCACUCAGCACCUGGCGGCCUCGCCCCUGUGCACGCCCAGCAGGGCGGCCUUCUUGACCGGCCGCUAUCCCAUCCGAUCAGGGAUGGCAUCUCAGUCCCAGGUGGGGGUUUUCCUCUUCUCGGCCUCUUCUGGAGGACUUCCCCCCAGUGAGAUUACAUUCGCCAAGCUUCUGAAGACUCAAGGCUAUUCAACAGCUCUGAUAGGGAAGUGGCACCUGGGGACCAGCUGUCAGAACAGAACCGACUUCUGCCACCACCCCUUAAGCCACGGCUUCGACUACUUCCACGGGCUCCCGGUGACCAACCUGAGGGACUGCAAGCCUGGAGACGGCACUGUCUUCACCGCGGCCUUCCAGCUGCUGGUCUUCUCGCCCCUGCAGGUCAUCGGCGUCACGCUGCUCACCCUGGCAGUGCUCAAGUGCCUGGGGCUGCUCCGUGUGCCCCCUGUCGCCUUCUUCUGCCUCCUCUUCCUGGCCGCCCUGAUCCUCGUCCUCCUGCUGGCCUUCCUCCAUUACUUCCGGCCCCUGAACUGCUUCCUGAUGAGGGACCACGAAAUCAGCCAGCAGCCCAUGUCCUACGACAACCUCACGCAGCGGCUGACGGCGGACGCGGCCCAGUUCCUACAACGGAAUGCUGAGACACCUUUCCUGCUGGUCCUGUCUUACCUGCAAGUGCACACGGCUCUCUUCUCCAGCGAGGACUUUGCCGGCAAAAGCAAACACGGUGCUUACGGGGACGCUGCGGAGGAGAUGGAUUGGAGUGUGGGGCAGAUCUUGGAUGUUCUGGAUGAGCUGAAACUGGCUAAUAACACCUUCGUCUACUUCUCCUCGGACCAAGGAGCACACGUAGAGGAGAUGAGCAUCAGAGGAGAAGUUCACGGAGGCAGUAAUGGAAUCUAUAAAGGGGGGAAAGCGAACAACUGGGAAGGAGGUAUCCGGGUCCCAGGCGUCCUCCGCUGGCCAGGGGUGAUCCAGGCUGGGCUGGAGAUCGAUGAGCCAACAAGCAACAUGGACAUAUUUCCGACGGUGCUCAAGCUUGCCGGGUCGCCGCUGCCUGAAGACAGGAUCAUUGACGGGCACGACCUGAUGCCCCUGCUCCGAGGGGACAGCCAGCGUUCGGAUCACGAGUUUCUCUUCCAUUACUGCAACUUCUACCUGAACGCCGUGCGCUGGCACCCGCGGAACAGCACGUCCAUCUGGAAAGCCUUUUUCUUCACACCCAACUUCUCCCCCGAGGGCGCCAACGGAUGCUUCUCCACACACGUGUGUUUCUGUCACGGACGACACGUCACCUACCACGACCCGCCCUUACUCUUUGACCUCUCCAAAGACCCGCGGGAGAGAAACCCGUUAACUCCGACAUCCGAGCCCCAGUUCCGGGAGAUCCUGGAGGCCAUGCAGCAGGCGGCAGACCGCCACACCGAGAGCCUGCGAGACGUCCCCAAUCAGCUGUCGCUGGGGAACAUUGUCUGGAAGCCGUGGCUUCAGAUGUGUUGCUCCUCGGCCAGCCUGUCUUGCCAGUGUGACAGAGAAAAGCAGGACGGAACAGGGAGCCGCUAGCUGUGUGUGUCUGAGGACGCACCGUGCCCGCCCCACCAGCUACAUGACGGACGCACACUGGGAGCCACACUGGGUAAAGCCGGCCCGGGCAGCACCUGCAAUUUGGAUCAUCCUCUGUCUUAUCACGUGGAGACUCCGUCAAGAGCCCCGCACUUACCCCAUGGGGUAAAUAGAGGCACGGAUGUGAGAGUUCCAUCCUCCAUGGCCAAAUGCGGGAGAGGGGAUUCCACUGGGUAUGUCCGACACCGGUGCAGACAGAGCGUAGCAAGGUGCACAGCCCACCUCUUCACCUCUCAGCCAACGUGUAUGAUCCACGGCAGGAGGUGUCACUUACCCGACAAGCUGACGUGGGGAGGGUGUAGCUCAAGUGGUAGAGAGCAUGCUUAGCAUGCGGGCGGUCCUGGGUUCAGUCCCCAGUACCUCUAAAAGUAAGUAAACAGACUUUACCUCCUCCCCCCACAAAAAAAACAAUAGUAAAAGAAAUUUUUUUUUUAAAACUCUGUUUAAAAAAAUAAAAGGUAUGAGCUGAUGUGAUGCUGUGGGCACUGUGAUUCUCACAGAGGUCACUGAUGAAGAAGAGAAUGACGUUUAAAAAGUGCUCUCUGCGGCUAACAUACGCAACUGGAUCAUGAAUAAAAGACUGCUUAUUAAACAAUAAUGGAUGAUGGUGAGUUCCCGCUUGGCUGUUGGAAGGCGAUUACUGUCAAUAUUAUUUUCAAGACGUACGAAAUGCUAUCAUGACAUCUACUGUUGUGUAUACGUAGUUUCUUCAAGAAGUUUGCAGUAUUUAAAAUCUGGAACUAGAAGCUUAUUACUGUUUAUGUAAGAACAACAGAGACUCACAGACAGAUUUGUUUGUGCAGCAGACUUUGGGUGGAACCCCUCGGGAACAAUAAUGCCAAGGCAGAUCUCUUCUGUACAAAUUUCUGUCCCAUAAUUUAUAGCAUUGUAUUUGGGUUCUACUAUUUCUUUGGGGAACGGAGGUUCUGAACUGAAGGACCACUUCAGCGAUGCUACGGUUCAAGGAGUCCCUUGUGAUGUAAUUCAGAAUCAUCGGCGUGGAGAAUGUACGAUAUUUUGUGUGGUGUCAGGGGGACAAGCAAUCCAUGAUCCUUGCCCAUAACCAUGACAUCCUGAGUUCUCGCAGAAUUUAGUGCUGAGAGAACAAUAGUUAAUGUCGGUACUUGUGUUUUGUGUGGUCUGAUCCUGUGGCUAAGAAAUAUCUAUUCCUGGAAUCCGCCAUGAGAUGUGCACUGUUGUUUAAAUUCCAUUUCCCCCAAGCUCAGGAACGCAGGGACAAGGCGUCACCGGAUCUCGUGGGAGAUUGGCGGAUAGGGACAGAGCUGGAGCGAGUUCCACCGGCCCCUCCCGCGGAAAGACGUCACCCACGCGGAGAACACACCUGUCACCUUCAGACACUGUGCAUCCUCCGCCCACACCGCGCAAAUUCCUCUGUCGGUCAGUCCGCAGGAGCUGCCGUCCUUCCGCCUCCCAUUCAUCUCUUUUGGGAACAUGUCUGAACAUCACUCUCAGCUCAGAGUUUUCUCAAUUCCAUGAGGGUGCCAGUAAAUGGAAUGCCUGACCCCGCCGUGCACUUUGGAAAGGAUGCGUGCUCCUGUGCCUCAGGCUUUCCGAAUGUGGGCUGGAGUUUCCUCAGUAUGUCCCCACUGGAGAAUUUCUGAGAUUCAGAAGCCUUUCCCAAGCUCCUGUUGAAAGUCUGCUAGUUUGGGUUUUAACCUUUCUUUUUCUUAAAAAAAAAAUAGAAAUGAUUUCCCCUGCCUCCCUGGGAAUGGUUCAAAGUUGGAAAGCAAGCAGGAUUCUUGCUUACAGUGUGGAUUUCUCAUUCCAAAACAAUUGCCAAACAUCUGUCACAUCGUUGUAGGAAAUACUCUCGUUAAAGAGUGCACGUUAAUAAUGUGUUAGGAUUAUUGCUCGUAUUAUCAGGGAAAAUACUCUGUAAGAUCACUGUUAUGAACUUAAUGUUUAAGAUGAUUGUGUUUACUCCGAGUUGAACAUACUCAGUGAAAAUGGACUUUGACGGAACACUUUAUGACGUGGGGAUGUGUGUUUGAGGACGAAAUAACUUGAGGUACUGUCACAGUGUUUUUACACAUGGCUAUGUAUGGAAUUAGUUGUUUAAUCUGUGCAAUACUAACAGCCAAGAAGGACACACGUACGUCUGGAUGUGCAAAGAGCUUUCAAGUAUUUGCCUCAGAAUAGCUUCAGUUGCCAUUACCUUUCCGGGUAUUUGAAAAUCAGGUUUAUUUAUAAUAAUCACAAUUACCUUUGACUUCAAAUCACAUACCGUCUGAAAGUUUUGCUUGGAAUGUACAACAGGAAAUUUCAGUUCCCAUUGGUAUGAGCUCUUGAGUUGCAUGUCGAAACCUUAGUGGGUUUUGAAGCUUUAAACAAAUUCUUCUUGGAAAGCAACUUUGUAUUUCUAGCAUUUCAUGGAUGUGAAAAGCUAAGCAAAUGGUAACCUAUAGAUAGGCAUUAUUUUAGAAGGCCGGUAACGCCGCAUGGAAAGCAGAAUCCCGGCCUACCCAUUGUGGGAGCUAAGGAGUCAAGACAGGAACGUGAUUUCAGGUGGCCCUGAAGGGCAUCCAGUGAGGCGUGGAGACGGACAAGUCUUUGGCACGCGUCUGAACAAUGCUGUCUGUGAAGUGAGUGCACCUGUGAAGGUUUCCCAGGACCUUGUUCUGAUGUUACUACAAAAUUACAAUAGAAGGUCUCUUGGCAAUUAAAAAAUUCCGUUCUCUGGGGCUGUGGUUUCUCACGGGACUCAGUUUCAGCAAGCGUGCGGAGUGUUUGCUGUGUUUGAGGCAUGAUGUUAAGUGAGGGGGAGACGGGUUUCAGGUCAGCACGUGUUGAUGGAGACCCCCGCCCCCGGGGCUCCACGGAGGGGUAGGAAGUGUGGAGACGGAUAAGAAAUGCAGUAGCCCCUGACUUCCACUGACUGAUUAAAGGGCAGCCCAAGGCCACAUUAUCCAUCGCACACUCGGCCUCUUUCCAGGGGCUCACAAACAAUGUCUUCGUUUCUUCUACAACCAGCAGGAAGAAAACCUGAACGUUUGCGGUUGAAGAUCAGAUACACAUGGAUACCAGCGCAGGCGUAAACUAGAAUUUUUGUGUGUUUUCAUCCGGUUUAUGUUUUGAUGUAACCUGUCUUUGCCUGAAGACAUACUUGUCUGUGUGUCCAGCUCUUAACUGGCCCCAGACCCAGAUGAAGCGGCUUCUUGGCUGGACAGAUGUUUCGAGCAGAGAAGUUAGAGGAAGCUCAGUUUCGUUUUGUUUUUAACGGAGGUGCUGGGGAUAGAACCCAGGACCUCCUGUGUGCUAAGCACGUGCUCCACCACUGAGCUGUUAGCCUCCCUCAAGAAGCUAAAUUUUGGUACGAAGAACCUUGUCCACCCUUGUCUGGUUUUCGACUGGAUUCUUUAGGAAAACAGAAGUGGAGUCAGCCUAAAAGCACUUCUGCUCAUGAAGUUCAAAUCCUCAAAGUGACCUUUUCAGGGUGACGCGGUUCAUUUUACCCGGCACACCUGUCCCGUCUUAAGAGGAGCAGGUUGUCAAGUGAAUCUAUACUCAAAGCAGAAACAAACUUACAGACUGGAAAACAAACUUGUGGUGACUAAAGGGGAAAGGGACUGGGCAGAGGGAGGGACACACUGGGAGUCUGGGAUUAACAGUUACACACGACUAUACAUAAAGGAGGUAAGCAACAAGGAGUUACUGUAUAGCACGGGGAACUGCAUUCAAUACUUUGUCAUAACCGGUAAUGGAAAAGACUCUGAAAAAGAUUAGGAAUAAAUGUAUGUGUAGAUAACUGAAUCACUUUGCUGUACAUCUGAAACUUAACACACUAUUGUGAAGCGACCAUAAUAAACAUCUUAUGAACCA